AUUUUUUCAGUGCUAAAACAACUUUCGCGUCUUAUAAAUCGCGUUGCGCAAAUAAUCGAUUCGAUUUUAUUCAGUUCGGCGUGUCUUUAUAGAUUUCAAUUAUGGACUGUGGUUAGCAUCAAAGGGAGAAUGUCAACGUGGUGCACGAUAAAAGAAAGUGCGGGCGAGGAUGAAGAAGAGGAGCGUCGGGGGUCGGUGCCUCGCGGGCUACCCGGAGGCACCGACACUUACAUUGAUAUGCCUCGAAGUGAUUUGCCUUCCACAAACACCAACCUUUUAGAGAAGCCAAUGGUUGACAAAAAAGUUAAGAGACAUUCCAUACACGGCAUGAUGGAGGAAGAAAAUGUGAUACGACCCCACCAAGAAAUGGCACAACUAUCCUUAGAUGAGAAAAAGUUCCUGCUAGCGGUAGAACGCGGUGAUGUUGCCUCAACUAGACGGAUGCUUCAGCGCGCUCAAGAAACAGACUACAUUAAUAUUAACUGUGUAGAUCCAUUAGGCAGAAGCGCUCUACUUAUGGCAAUAGAUAACGAAAAUUUAGAAAUGGUGGAACUUCUUAUAGAGCACAAAGUCGAGACGAAGGACGCCCUGCUGCACGCCAUAUCCGAAGAGUUCGUCGAAGCCGUUGAGGUUUUAUUAGAUCACGAAGAGACUAUUCAUAAGCCCGAGGAACCGCACAGUUGGGAAGCCUUACCGCCAGACACAGCUACCUUCACUCCAGAUAUAACUCCAUUAAUCCUCUCCGCUCAUAGAGAUAAUUACGAAAUAAUAAAAAUUCUUCUAGAUCGUGGCGCAACCCUUCCAAUGCCUCACGAUGUCAGGUGUGGUUGUGAUGAAUGUGUUACAUCCAGAAUGGAAGACUCCUUGAGGCACUCACGUUCUCGCAUAAAUGCAUAUCGAGCUCUAGCUUCUCCAUCCCUUAUUGCUCUCUCAUCCAAAGAUCCGAUUCUCACCGCUUUCGAAUUAUCCUGGGAGCUGCGGAGAUUAAGUUUUAUGGAACACGAAUUCAAGACUGAAUACCAAGAGUUGAGAAAACAGUGUCAAGAUUUCGCAACGGCGCUUUUGGAUCACACUCGAAGUUCGUACGAGUUAGAAGUUCUACUCAAUCACGAUCCUACUGGACCAGCAUUCGAACACGGAGAGCGAAUGCAUCUCAAUAGACUGAAAUUAGCUAUCAAAUUACGUCAAAAAAAGUUCGUUGCCCACUCGAACGUACAGCAACUACUGGCUUCCAUUUGGUACGAGGGACUUCCAGGUUUUCGACGAAAAAACAUGGUUCUGCAAGCGCUGGAGAUAGUGAGGAUCGGAAUACUCUUCCCGUUUUUCUCGGCCGCCUACGUUCUCGCCCCUCAUUCGGUCAUCGGAAAGACCAUGCGAAAACCGUUCAUAAAAUUCAUUUGCAAUUCGGCGUCAUACUUCGCUUUCCUAUUUAUGUUAAUACUGGCUUCUCAGAGAAUCGAAACGUUAUUCUUUGACGAAGAACCCGAAGACGUUCCUACGAAGCGUGGUGCUAAACCCUCUUUAGUCGAAUGGAUUAUCCUGGCGUGGGUGUGCGGGCUAAUUUGGAGCGAAAUAAAGCAGCUUUGGGACGUGGGACUGGAAGAGUACGCCAGAGACAUGUGGAAUGUUAUAGACUUUAUCACGAACUCUUUGUAUGUAGCCACCGUAGCGUUAAGGGUCGUCUCUUAUUAUCAGGUGCAGAGGAAUCCUAAGAGCGAAAUGAUUAAAAGGGAGGACUGGGACGCGUGGGAUCCGAUGUUGAUAUCGGAAGGCCUCUUUUCUGCGGCCAAUAUUUUUAGUUCCUUAAAAUUAGUGUACAUAUUUUCUGUAAAUCCUCAUCUGGGACCAUUACAAGUUUCGCUGUCCAGAAUGGUGAUGGACAUCAUGAAAUUCUUCUUCCUAUACGUUUUAGUAUUGUUUGCAUUUUCCUGUGGUCUCAAUCAACUACUGUGGUACUACGCGGACGCAGAGAAGCUGAAAUGUCCGGACUUCGGCAGACCGAAUUGCGCCGAAAUAAUUUUAGAUCACAAACUGCCUAAUCACACAAAAUUAACGAACUGCACUGCUUCAGAUGGCGUGGCAGAUUCGAAUGCAUGCACGAUAUGGAGACGGUUCGCUAAUCUCUUUGAAACUAGUCAAACUUUAUUUUGGGCCGUUUUCGGAUUGGUCGAUUUGGAAAGCUUCGAGUUGAGCGGUAUCAAAAUAUUUACAAGAUUUUGGGGUAUGCUAAUGUUCGGAACGUACUCUGUCAUCAAUAUUGUCGUACUACUCAAUCUGCUAAUUGCGAUGAUGAAUCAUUCGUAUCAACUAAUUUCGGAAAGGGCAGAUGUGGAAUGGAAAUUUGCAAGAAGUAAAUUAUGGAUAAGUUACUUUGAGGAAGGUGGCACCGUUCCUCCACCGUUUAACAUCAUUCCUACGCCCAAAAGCGUUUGGUACAUUGUGGAGUGGGGUCGAAGAAAAUUAUGCGGACAUUCAAAAGCAGCAAAAAAAGAGCACAUGAGGACUAUUAGGAGAAAAGUAAAGCAAGCGAGCGAGAGGGAUUUUCGAUAUCAGAGUAUAAUGCGUAACCUCGUUAGGCGAUACGUAACUGUCGAACAGCGAAAAGCGGAAAAUCAGGGCGUUACCGAGGAUGACGUUAAUGAAAUUAAACAGGAUAUCUCCGCCUUUCGCUUUGAACUAAUUGAAAUACUUAAAAAUUCGGGAAUGAAUACUUCAACUGCUCAGUCUGGAAUGGGAUCGGGAGCGGGAGGCAAAAAGAAUAGGCAAAAAGAACGUCGGCUAAUGAAAGGAUUUAAUAUCGGUCCACAGCCUUCAACAACUACAGCCCCACUGCCACCAGUCGCCGAAUUCAUAGCGUCUUUACAGCAGCACCACGACGGCCAGCAGCACGAUCUCUUCGGUUCAACUCUAUCUGGCAUUUUUAACACAACUCCACGAAAAAUACAUCAGCAAAGCACGGUGUCUUCUUCACAGGGUAGUAUUAACGAAGGGCCUUAUCACCAUCAUCACCAUCACCAUCAUCGCGGUCUAGCUAAAUAUGAGAAUUGGUUCCACACAAAACGAGGAUCCGCUCAUAAACGCAGAUGGGGUACGCUAAUCGAGGCGGCAAAGUCAGGAAAGGUGUCGCGCCUAAUUGGCCGGUCGCGAUCGGAGGACUCUGUGUGUAAUUCGACGUGCAGAGAAAACGGACACAAUCACUCUCAUAGUCACAGUAACAGUCCCGCAUCCGACGACAAUGGCUCGGUCAGUCCCUCUGAUUCCAACCCAAGCUUAGAUAUUGUCCCCCACGACUUACCUCCUCCACCCGAGGACCAUCAUCAUGGCCUAACCAGCGGAUUACUACUACUGAAAAAGAAGAGAAAGAAAUUUUCCGCUUCCAGAAACGCUAGCCCUGUUGUACAGCCCCAUAACGCUAUUGAACGUGCUCUGGCUACUUCUUCCGGGAAGAUGAGUAAAAAGGCACUACAUAGAGCUUCAAGCGUACCAGUAAGAGUAUCCGAAGUAGUUCAGCUACCAAAACGGAACUUAGAUCAAACGCAAUCCGAGCAAGAAUCGGUCGAUAUCCCCGUAGUUCCAACUCUAACACCAUCCACGACCGAAGAAAGCGUAGCAGCUGCCGGGCAGUCGGUGCUCCCAACCGGUACAUCAUCGCGUGAACCACUUCUCUAUAACUCUUCGUCAAGCACCCAAGCGACCGGGUCAUCGCAAACACCCGAAGACGAGUACAAGCAAAGCGGACAGUACUACAAUCCGAAAUUGCCAGGAAUAAUACCUAUUAGCGGUCAUAAUGGGCCUACGGGAUGGUUGUAGUAAUGUAUGGCGCAAGAGUUUCCAAUUAGUUUUGUUUAUUAUUACAGUACUGUUACACAUUUACGCAACAUUCAGCCGUAUCUUUAACGAGUUACGGAAGAAAUAGUAUUUUGGUUCCGUCCACACGUGGAACUCUAGCCGAAGGAUUCGAUAAUGUUUCGGUAUAGUCGGUGGCUUGUAUGCUUGCCAGAAUGAUAUGUUCCUAUAAUUUAAGGGUUAUUGAGAUUCUUUUGGAUUAACAAUUCCUAGUAGUACCUAACUUUGAUGGCUGUGAUGUCCUUCUAUUGUACCUUCUAAACGCGUUCUAAUGAUUUACUUAUAAAUUGUUACUACGUUACUGUCUAUACCGUAAUUACAUUUUUGACUUUUUUGGCCUUUUCUAUCGUGGCGUUCUUUUUUCUGGAACUAAUUGGAAAAUCUUUGGUAGGUAGAUAAAGACAUUGGCUGAGACGACCAAAAGUUUAGCUUGUAAUCUUAUUUAAUUUGAAGUAUUAUAAUGAAUAUUUUGUGUGAAACAGUCACAAUGUUUGAUUCCUCCAAUAAGACUCGACCAAGGUGCUGCCAGAUCCUACUCAUUGUGUCAAGGAUUAAAAGAACAUCAGGCGUUUAGCAAUAACACAAAAAAUAUUCAAAAAUUCUGCACAAAUUUACUGGUAUUAAUAUAAUUUGAAAUAAUUUAUAAUACUCUUAACCUUUGUGAUAUUUUGUUAUUAACGGCGUUUUAUUUACUGUUAAAUUUUCACUAUUGUAAAUAGAAUUCUAAUGGUUCCAUUUGUAAAAUAUGAGGCCUUAAACAACAUAUAUCUGUGUGUAUAAUAGGAUAAUUAUGUGUAUGCCUUAGAAAGUAUGGGUCGAAGAAAAACUACCACGUGUUGUGUCCUACAAGUAAUUUUAUAACAACCAAAUUUAAAGAAAGGUACUCGUGAGCUUACCUCUAACAAAAAAUGCGAUUUAAAACAUUGAACCAUUUCUAGCAUACGAUUAACAGUAGUAGCUCAUAGAUAGUAUUGUAACAAAUUAGUCAUUUAUAGUUGAAUAACAUUGAUCAAACAUGUAAUAAGGGUAAUCUAAUUUUACAAUUAGAUCAAUUGUAACGUUAGACCAUUAUUAGCACCUAGAUAGGUAAAACUCGCAAGGCGAUAUCACGACAAUUAAAAAAAGGCUUAACAUUUCAUUUUUAUGCUUCCGAUAAGUUUACAUCAAACGCACACUGAGCUUUAUAAUGAAAAUCGUGUUUGUAUGUUCGUUUGUAUAAUUUUUGCCAAACGAUUUUUGAAUUGGUGAUAUUUGAAACACUGUGGUCUGUGAAUGACUCGAGAUUAUGUUUAACUUCCUGUCUGCUGCUAGAUGAUUGCGUAUCGUUAAGUGAUUUCAUCUGAAAUGUUAAGGUACUAUCACAUAUUUCCUUUCUGAAAAUAAAAGUCAAAAACGUU